CGAGAACCAUCAUCGCGAUCGUUCGCCUAGUAAGAAAUUAUCGCUUCUCAUUCUCUGUAGUAGUUGUACAAUCAAGAACAGCAACACCGAGAAAUAAAAGUAUCUCCUCUAGUAUCAAUCACAAUCUCUGACUUCCACGACCUUUAUCUAGAAACUGAAACUCUGACGAGAAGAUAUGCUGCCUGCUACGGUUCCAACUGGGGUGGAUCAGGGUUCUUCCCUAGGUACUAAUGGAGUUGCCGAGCAGGCGCCACGAGCACCCGCUGUCGAGAGCGCGGAACCAGUCGCGGCAACGGGUGGUAGCUUUGGCGGGUCAGAGCCUAGCAGCGGCUCCAAGAAUGCAGGCAGGAGACCACCACCACUGCAGGUGUCCGUUCAAGGCCUACAAUUUCCGUACUUACUAUUAAGGCCUCACAACUCAAUGUUAAUCUUAAUCCAUCUUUUAGCCCAUCUCUCCGUCUGCGGCAGGGGCAGCUGCUCUGGGAUAAUAGAGUAGUCUAAAAUCCUUCCGCUGUUUGCACGUAGAAAAAUGACCACAGUAUCAGUAGAUUAGGAUGAAAAUAAAGAUAGAUUUAAAGGCGCGCUCUAAUGCUAACCGAUGACGACGUCAGGAAAGUGUUUGGUCGAUAUGGAGAUCUGGUUGACGUGCAGAUCGAGCAGACAGGGAGAGCAGAAAUAAGUGGGCCUGAUCUGCCCAUCGUACUAUAAAUAUGGAUGAUCAGCUAAGUAAUGAUGAUGUUGUACUUAGUUGUACUACUACUAGUAGUACUACGGCGGUCUUUGAUAUUUUUGUGGUACCAAUAUGAAUAUAUACAACGUCAUCUUCUUCGAGGAAAAGGUUGCACUAUGAUCUUACUCUUUGUUCCUUCCAUUCUCAAUCCUCGUAGUCAAUGCAGUUUCGUGAUCGUGUUCGUCCGAGUUCUUUCUACAAGUACGUAGUACAACAACAACUUUGAAGGUUGAAAUAACACUUCACUCCACCUCAAUCUCCAUGACCAUCUGUCACUAUCAUUGUCUCCAUAGAAGCUAAAACCUUUCUUCAUCAGACACCCGCGUCCUCGAUAGCGCAUGUCCGAUUUGAGGGAUUUGGGAAUACGCUUGCCGCGUGGCGGGACUUAGAUCAGAAGCCCCUUGUUGGCAUUGAGGGAGCUAUUCUUUCAGUGAAGUGUCCGGAGAUGGGGCCAGACAAUUACCUCGAAACUGUGCAGAUGGACGACGCGGCAGAAGCUAAUGUUGUGAGGACGGUAUCUAUGUUAUAAUUAUUCAAAAUUUUGUAUAUUUUCUCGACUUGAUGUUUUUUAAGUUUAGCAGGAUAAAAAAUAAAUGGGAAUCGUGGAAGGCUUGCUCUGUCUUCUUCAAAUGUGGGUUUGGGUACAAAAAUACUCUAUGAUACCCCCACCCACAUUUGAUGAAGAGCAACCCUUCACACAGCACAGGCACACACCACAUCAUGAUAAAUAACUGCAGGGUGCUGACGGGCCUUCAAGAUGGAGUGAAAUGUGGACGAAUGACCAGAGCGGCGUAAGAAAAUACACAUGUCGCAUCGAAAUUGAAAUAGAGAACGAAAAGGAAUUCAGGGUAUUUAUUAGACAACUAGUACUUACAUUUCCUUUUACUUUUUGUUUUUCCUAGUUCCUCUCGCUGGAAGCAGGUGGUACUAGACAAUUACACUUGGCGGUGAAGUGUCGCUCCUGCUGCAGGGAGAGUGAAGCAGGUGAACAAUGCUAGAUCGAAGAAAGAACAAGAAAUUCGCAUUUUUAAAAUCUUUCCACUUCUUGACUAGAUUAAGUGAUUGUGGAGGUUCGAUUCAUUGAUAUCGAUUUUUUUAGUGCAACAUCUGCUUUUGCAUGUCCUCGACGUUAUGUUGCACCACAUCCACAUUCUUAAAUUGCAUCAUAUCUUCAACAAAAAAAGGUCGGCUCUCGCGUGAUCAACCUUGCUCGGCGCAUAUGGGAGGAAGUGCCGGC